AUGAAUAAUACGCCAUCACAACACGAACCAGCGCGUCUAAAUUCCCAGGGGAACAGUGGAAAUCCUGGAUUUCCUGGUCCGAACGAACAGCCCGCACCAUCCGCGUUUGGAAAUCGCCAAAUGCCGCCUCCUUCACCCCCACAUUCAUAUUCCGCGCGACCCCAAUCAACCCACGCGCCUGUGGGCUCUUUGAUGGCGCGCGAUGUACCUAGCAGUCAGGCGCUCCGACCGGGCAGUAGCAUGUCGAUUUCCGCUAUGUUAGGCUCGGACCCAGAUCGGUCUGCGCGGGAACCUGCACGAGAAUCUGCGCCGUUCUUUUCGCGACCACCUGCAUCGUCGAUAUUCAGUAACGCACCAUCGUCAUCUUCCGCCGCCAUGUCCCCACCCAACGCCCCAACAAGACCAUCACCGCUCGAAAACUCUUUCUUCCGUCGUUCGAAUACACCAGAGAAGCCAUUCUCCAAGCCUCAAGGCGCCCGUACCUACCGAUCUGGGUCUGGUGGGGGUUCAACUGUGGGCGGAGAGCAGUCGGUGUUCGGGGGCUUGACGCGCUCAUCGCUCUCACAGUAUCCCGAGAAGCCACACUCGACGCACCCUUCACCUAGAAUCUCCACGGCAGAGCCACCGUACAACGAACCUCGUCGCAUGAGUCUCAACGGUCCGAUCACUCGGCCCAGUAGUCAGCCACCCCAUGCAGACGCACCCACACGGCCCCCGGGCUACAGUCCGAUUUCCCAGCCCGGAGGGGUCGCGGAUCGUCCUUUCGAGUCCGGCCCUCGGCCUGCAUCUGGGUCGUACGGGAGUCAUGAUCCACAGCAUGGUCGGUUUGCAAACAUAUUUGGCGAGCGGCGCUCGGAGGAUACUGCACAGCGAGAGCGAGAACGCGCUCCAGCGCAUGGAUCAGACGCCAAGUUGACCCAGCCUGGAUCAUACCGGUAUGGCUCCCACUACGGCGAACGUGACUCGCUCGAUCGUCACCAGAACGGCUCUACAUGGGACCUCGGUCGCUCUCACCCUCCGUCGCCGGAGAGUAAGCGCUUCCCUGCCCCCGAGCCCGGGUCGAGUUUCGGGUUUGGGGCCAUUCAAAGCUACACUAAAUCACUGGGGUCGCAACCGGGCGGCAGACAACCUCGCCUCACGCUUCAGUCUCUAAACAGUCAACCAACUCCUCCGCCGCCUCAUGAUCCGUAUCUCAGGCACCAAGGGCAGCCUCCACGAAUAUCAUCAACACCUGCUAUCACCACAUCCACAGCUGCCGCGUCAUCGGGUUUAGCCGCCCUGGCUGAUGAGGGACGCCGCAAAGGAAGUGAUGAGCUGCUCCAUCAUCGCAGCCUACUGGCCGUUGGCGUUGAUGGGAAACGCGGUGGCCGUGCAUCGCCGCUUCCCCAGGCUGUACAAGGCGCUCAAGCUCCAUACAUUGGUCCCGCUGGAGAGCCAGCGAUCAAGAAUGAACUAGGGCGAGUCUUCUCCGGUAUUGGCAGCGGCGUGGGUGGCGUCACCGCGACUACUGGUGGCAGCGGGCCAUCGACACCAUUAGGCUCUAGUCCUUUCAAGCGCGAUAGCCUCACGGGCCGCUCAAUGAAUGGAGAAGGGAUGGAUGAGGCGUCUAAGCUUGCUCGACCAUCCUCUGCAGCCGGCAGACGGUCGAAAAAGUCGCGCGACGAGGAGCAGAUGGAAAUUGAGUCUAAUGAUGCCCGAGGCGUACUAUCAGCACGUAACGCCCGUCGUUCUCGGCAUUCCCACCACCAUCACCAUCACCAUCACCACCAUCGCCACAAGGCAGACGAAGAGGCGGCUACCCUGAGCUCCCUUCAACGUUCUAGCUUCUUCCAUCGAACAUCCCCAGCGGAGUCUCCUGCCGCACACCAUCACCACCCACAUUAUCACCAUCAUCACCAUCAUGUUCCUCGACUCACUAUUCCGGUUACAUCUCCUAUCCGUGAGCCUCGUACUACCGUGAACCUGGAACCGUUGCUUUCGAGUGUGGCCCAUCUUCCUCGGCACCACCUUGGCUCAACGCUAUACACGCCACGCAUCAGUACCCCCACCGCCAAGUCGUCUUUAGAUAGCUCCAAGUUUGGAUAUACAUCGACCCCCCAGCCCCUUCCCCGCUUCGAACAGCGAGAGAAUUGCACAUUUACCGUUCGAGUCCCCCGUUUCCGAAUCAAUCAAUCUCACCGAGAGGAAAUCUGCGCCCGACGCGCGCUCUGGGGGACUGGUGUUUAUACAGACGACUCCGACCCUGUCGCCGCUGCCAUCCACUCCGGCUUCAUUCGCGGUGCGUGGGGCGACGACGUGGACGAGUCAAUGCUUGAUCUCGAGAUUAGAGAUACCUACCAGCACGCACCGCCACCCGAAACCACCCCUGAGGGCGAGGCUCCGGCCAAGGGCCCACGUCUACCACCGAUACCCCCAACCGACAAGGACCUGCACAUCACCCUACUAAUUCUUCCCCGCCUGGCCCAGUACGACAGCACUCUCAUGUUCGGGCUGAAGUCCCGCAAAUGGGACGGUCGUCACGAUGGCAUGAGCUUCAAGAUCCAUGCCGUGGACUGGGUGGACGAGGGCGUUGCUCGUGGCGAAGAGCGCAGCGGCGAGGCCCGUCGGAAACGUCUCCGCACGCUUAUGCAGACCGGUCGGAUCUGCACCGGGCCUGCCAUGGCUAAAAUGGAUGAGCUACGUCGUAGCGGGGUGCAGGUACCUCGCGCCAUCGAUGGCCAGGAUCAACCGGCAGCUGUGCAGCCCGUCUCCUAA